AUGCCACAUUUGAUUUCUAACUUAGUAGAGAAGGCUUAUACUCCUUCCAUUGCUAGAAUUGCUCCUAAGCAUUUGGUCAGAAAACCACAGCUAGGAAGACAAGCACAGAAAGUUACUAAUAUUGGAAACACUGCUCUGUAUAGAGGAUUUUGGAGAUUUACCAGGAGAUGGGUUUGUCACAAUCACAAAUUCUGGUACUCUUACGUUGUACUCUGUGCUAUUGGUAUGUAUCAGGUGUACUACGCCGUCGUCGUAGGACACUAUGUUAGGAAGAACUACCACAGAUCUAUGGAAUAUGCCAUUCUUAGGGAACAAGAAUGGGAGAAAAUCAAGCCAGCUGAUGAUGACGAUGAUUUAUUCGAUGAUGACGAUGAGGAAGAGGAAGAAGAAGGCGCUGCCGGAGAUGAAGGAGCUGACGACGACGAUGACGAUGAAUAAAUCCAAUAACCAUGUCAACAGCAUUAAC